CUCGAAAUCUGGCCGAGUUUUCAGACCUGUAUGUAAGUAAGACCGUGUCCUGUAUAGAGGACAUAGAGGAGUAGAGAAAUCAUCAGCUGAACGAGUUCCAUUACGUAAAAGUUUUGCCGUGAACGUAUCCAUCGCAAGAGAUCCGUCAAGUGCAGACCGAGCUCAUCAUGUCGCAAAUGAACCCUGUGGACCGUCGGAUGAAAUAUCCGUACACUUAUACCGCCAAGCUUAUGAGCUUUCCUUUUGCUCAUUAUUACAAACAUGCUUGGGUUGCUAAAUAUUUCGUAUUUGGAUUCCUCCUGACCCUUCCGGUCAUGGCUAAAAUCACUACCGCAGUCAACAACCCUGAAAAUGUUGCUAAAUGGAAGGAAAUCAGAAGGAAGCAAUUCUCCGGCGAACACUAAGGUGAAAAAAACAUAGAUGUCGGAAAAAAGUUAUCCGUAGCAAUCUGUAAAUGCAAUCGAUUAACUCGAGUUAUAAAAACAACAGGAAUUCGUACAUGUAAUUCAGACAUCAAUAAAUAAUGCAAUGAAUUAUUCCCUAAA